AUUCAUCUUGCAACAUGUUGUCAGAAAAGCGAAAUAGCUACAGCAAGAUGGUAGCUAAGGCUGAGCCGGAAGUCAAGGAGCGAAAGCCGAAACGAAGGGUGAAGCGCAAGGUGUCGGAACUCGAUCCCAUUGCCGCGAAGAAGAGACGAGAACAGACACGUGUUGCUCAGAGGGCGUUCAGGAGGCGUCAAGAAGAGGCUAUCGAAACUCUCGGCAAAGAAGUGGAUCACCUAAACGGUAUCAUCGAGGGGUUGAAUAACACCUUUGUAUCUUUUACUGAUGUAUUGGCCAAAUCGAAGUGGCUUGAAAUGGACGCCUGCAUGGCCAGCGAGCUGAAAAGUACGAUCCAGACCUUUCUUGAGCUCACCCAGUCGUCUCCGGAACCGAUUUCUAGAGGGGAAGCUGCAGCACCCCUACACAGUGCGAGCAAGCAUGCUGCACCAAACAUAGUUCCGGAGAAUCUGACUUCUCCUUCCUCGUCCAGUAGUCCGCGCCCCACAAAUCAUGAGAAGAUUCGAGGUUAUUCUGGCUCGGCGAUUGGCAGCGCUACCUCUUCAUCACCGCAGGGAAGAUCAACCGAAAGCACCUCAGCUUUCGGACCCACCAAUACUUCAUCCAACUUCUCCAGCAUCCUGUCACCUUCCUUCAGCAUUCCUUCUCCAUAUCUUAGUCUCUCUGCCAUCCAAUCCAUGUCUUGGCAAACACUUCCUACCAAUGAGGUCAGUUUUGCUGGGAGACUGCACCGGGCUGCAUACGAAGAAGGCCAUCGUAUCUUGUGCAAUUGGGAUCGAGAACUUUACAGCUAUCAGCAAGUUUUCAGUUACAUGCUUGGAGCACACACUCGGGAUAGUCUGUUCUGGUAUCUCUCAAAGGCAUUAAACGAGAACUUGCAUGGAGUGCUUGAUCCACCUGAGCAAUUAUUUCCACUCGCCGAUGUCACGUUUCAAACAAACAGCUGGUUGAAUGCAACUGAAGUUUAUCAAUACUUUCGAAUGAAUGGCAUUGACUUUGAUGACUAUCCCGUUCUGGCGAAAGUUGAGAUUGCGGUAGACAAUGCCUAUGACGACGUCGCAAACAAUGAAAAUACCCUCGACUUCUCAUUGACUGGACCGACUGUCAAUUUGAAAACACAAACAUCAAACUAUUCAGAAUCUUUCGACUUCUCCACGUUAAUAUCUUCUCAUAAUCGGUAUCAAUUUGGAAGUGAUCCCAAAAUUGUUUCCAGACCAGCUGCUGUUCCUUUGACUCGGAGGGUCUCUGUUGAUGUGGCAAAGCUGAUUAGCGAAAUUGUUCUUCCCAGCCAGACACAAUGUCGUGGACGGAACCCAGUUUUCAGAAAGCAAGAUCUUCACAGAGCUAUGAAGAGAUCAGUCGUUCAGGAACUGUAGACGAGAUAAAAUGUGCCUCGGGGAGCACCUUCAUGAAAACACCCAAAAUACAAGUAGCUAUUGAUGUUCAAUUUCUCGGAAC